GAACGCAGCUAUAGAUUAGUUCAUUGGCCCACUUGGCAAUCGCAAAAAUUUGCCUAUGGCCGGCCGUCUUUAUUAAUACCUUGUCAGUGGUUCAGUUCAUAUCAUAGUAUAUGUUCAUAUUCGCUCAUUAUAUGUUAGACGUUAGAAUUACCAGAAAUUUACAGCGUGGAUUUCACGUUAGCUAAGCUAGGUCUAUCAUACCAAAAAUCAUGGCACUUAUUUCUACAAGGACAAUUUUUAAUCCCGUGUUGAGGCAAACUCUCAAGCAAAUUAUCUUUGUGAAGCAACUGCCGAAAUGUCAAUGUCGUCAAAUGAACAGUCGGCUGUUUUUUCCGACUGUUACCAGCCAAAGAUUCUAUGCAGAGAAAAAAGUAUUUAGCCGUGAUAAACCACAUUGCAAUAUAGGCACUAUUGGUCAUGUAGAUCAUGGUAAAACCACUCUGACAGCAGCUAUUACUAAAGUAUUGUCCGAGAAGCAUUUAGCGAAAGCUAAGGGAUACAGUGAAAUUGACAAUGCUCCUGAGGAAAAAGCCCGCGGUAUUACCAUUAAUGUCGCUCACAUCGAAUAUCAGACAGAAAGUCGUCAUUAUGGACACACAGAUUGUCCGGGUCAUGCCGAUUAUAUCAAAAACAUGAUCACAGGAACUGCUCAGAUGGAUGGCGCUAUACUGGUUGUCGCUGCUACGGAUGGCACAAUGCCACAAACUAGAGAGCACUUGCUCCUUGCUAAACAGAUUGGCAUUAAGCAUAUUGUUGUAUUUAUUAAUAAGGUUGAUGCUGCUGAUGAAGAAAUGGUAGAGUUAGUAGAAAUGGAAAUACGAGAAUUGCUUUCCGAAAUGGGUUAUGACGGCGAUAAUAUUCCGAUAGCCAAAGGCAGUGCACUCUGCGCGCUCGAAGGAAAGAAACCUGAAAUAGGUGGACAGGCUAUAUUGCACUUGUUGGAAUUGGUAGACAAAAAUAUUCCAACUCCAGUAAGAGAACUGGAUAAACCCUUCCUACUUCCAGUAGAAAACGUAUAUUCUAUUCCUGGUAGAGGUACCGUAGUUACCGGUAGACUAGAGCGCGGUAAACUAAAGAAGGGAACGGAAUGCGAGUUUAUCGGUUACAAUAAAGUUUUUAAAAGCGUAGUCACAGGUAUAGAAAUGUUCCAUCAAAUAUUGGAGGAAGCCCAUGCCGGAGAUCAACUUGGCGCUCUGGUAAAAGGUUUAAAAAGAGACGAAGUAAGAAGAGGCAUGAUAAUGUGUAAACCUGGCUCUAUUAAGGCACACGAUCAUGUAGAAUCACAAGUGUACAUGUUGAGCAAGGAAGAAGGUGGCAGAAAAAAACCGAUUGCGAAUAUGAUACAACUACAGAUGUUUUGUAGAACGUGGGACGUUGCAGUGCAAUGUGCCAUAGUUGGAAAGGACUUGGCCAUGCCAGGAGAAGAUAGCACAUUAAUAUUAAAAUUGAUAAGACCAAUGGUAUUGGAAAAGGGACAGCGUUUUACAUUACGAGAUGGAAUGGUAACUCUAGGAACUGGUGUAAUCACCAACACCCUGAAAUCGCUAACGGAUUCAGAGCGACAUGAACUUCUCGAGGGCAAGAAAGCGAUACAGAAAAAGGAAAAGAAAACACAAAAAAAUUAGUUUACUUGAUAACUAUUUGUUACAGAAUAAAGCAGAAUUGUGCUAUAUAAUAAAGAAAAUAUAUACCAGUUCAAACAGUCAGAUUUCAAUCGAAUCUUUCAAAUGAGUGUCUAACCAAAAUAUCCGACAUUUCUUUGAAACGAUUGUUUGAUAGAUGCGCAAGAUGUAGAUUAUAUAAUAAAUACAUGAUUUGGAUGUGUAUUUAAAAAAAGCAAUUUUUUAUCGCUACAUUAUAAAUUCUGAAUCAUACAAUUUUAUUCAUUAACAAAGACCAAAUGUGACUCAAUUCAAUUAUUGAUACAUGUAUUUAUCAAGUAAUGCUUUCGUUCCUUCUUUAGAUUUCAAGCAUCUGUAUCUAGAGAUAUAUAUUGUACCAUUUUAAAUAAAAAAAUAUGUUAGUAAAAA